AUGUCGCCUGUUACUGAUAUUGACACUAGUGGCAUUCAUGCCUUCGAAGAUUUACUCAAUAGCCUCAAGAAAAAAGAUGUCCAGCUUGUGGCGAAUCCGGGACCGAUUGUAAUUGAGAAGCUUCAUGCAUCAGAGUUAACAGGCUUAAUUGGGGAAGAUAACAUAUUUCUGACAGUCGCCGUUGCAACUUUUGGUCCAAUGGGUUUAGAUUUUUGA